AUGGUCGAGCUCGCGCAUGCGCCGAUGGUCCAAUCGAUGAGGAGACAUGACUGGUCCCCAGAACUGGAGAUAGUGGACGCCGGGGGGAAUGACAGUGCCCUUGACGCCGCAGGAGAAGCAGUGGGCGAUGUCGCCGGUGCGCUGUUGGGCAAAGAGCAUGAGAAGGACGAGAUUGAGGAGGAGGCAAUGGCGACAUACGCGCAAGAAUCCGACAGUAGCCAUGACGAUCCGUCCAUCGAGCCUUUCGAUGUUGGCGGAGUUGAGCAGGGAUGUGCGAAUGGGAAGGAAAUGGGGGGAGACAAGGAAAGGAAACUCAUGCGGGGUAUAUAA